UGGACCAAACAUUGAUCGUAACAUAACAAUAGAUUUAUGUCUAUUUACACGAUUAACUAAUAUCACGAUAAUAGAUAAGAUUAUCUGUAAUAUACAAUUGUGAAAUGAGACAUUCUUAUCUUCAUGUUUUGAACUAUCGCUAAAAUAAAUUUUUUUUUACUUGUAGUACUUUUUUUUUGAUUUUUUAAAGUUCUCAAAAUUACGUCAUGAGUAACACGCUUUUAAGUGGAUUCCAAGUAAACUGGAUGAAUUUAAGAGAUGCUGAUACUGGGGUUAUAUUGUGGCAAGGAAAUGACGAUUUAUCUCUACCUGAUAAGGAACAUGAAGCAAGAGUACCAAAAAAAAUUUUAAAAUGUAGAGCUGUAUCUAGAGAAAUAAACUUUUCAUCAGUUGAACCUAUGGAAAAAUUGAGACUACAGCAAAAAGUACUUUUUAAGGGACGUUGCUUAGAGGAAUGGUACUUUGAGUUUGGAUUUGUCAUUCCUAAUUCAACCAAUACGUGGCAAUCAUUAAUUGAAGCGGCACCAGAGUCUCAAAUGAUGCCUGCAAAUGUUUUAAAUGGCAAUAUAGUAAUAGAGACUAACUUUUAUGAUGAUGAAUUUUUAAUUUCAUCUUCGAAAGUGCGGUUAUACUAUGUCUAAUAUGAAGUUAUCUAUAUAGUUAUAUUUGUAAAUAUACACAUUCUUGUACAUUUUUAUAAAGAAUAAUAAAGAACAAUUAGUUUAAAUUGUUAAAAAAAAAUGUAAAUGUUUAUUUAUUGUAAUUAAUUUUGUUAUAGAGAUGUUACUUUUUUUCAUUAUUAAUUUAAACUAAUUAAGUAAUUGACUUUAUUAUAUAUGUAAUUAAAAAUAAUUAUCUUUUAAACAACUAUUCAACUAACUCAUUGUUGUACAUAAAACUUAAUCAAUUUUUAACUUAUAAGUAAUUAUUAUUUUUUGGUUAUGAGUUUAUUAAGUUCAAUUUUUUAAUUUUUCAUUAUACACAUAAAAAGGUUGAGUAUUAAUGUAACACUUAAAUGUGUUACAUUAAAAUUUAAUUGUUUAGUUUUCAAAUAUAUACUUUUAUUCUACAUUGAUUAAGUCAAUUAUACAUUUAUUUUAUAUUUAAUGAUUGGUGAGUAAAUGAUUAUAAUCAUUUACCACCCACCAAUAAUAAUUAAUAAAUAAUAAUAAUCUUUUCAUAGUUAUAAUUAUAGUUAUCACAUUUAUUCUAAAUAUAAAUAUAGUAUUAAAUUUAAUGAAAUUAAAUUACUUUGAUUGAUUUUAAUGAGCCAACUAAUUCAAUAAUUGUAUCUGAACAUUAAUUCUAUGAUUAAAAUAAUUUAAAAAUAUUAUAUUAUUGUUAUUGUAAUGUAUAAAAAUUGUAGAAAUUAUCUGUGUCAGCAAAUACCUAAUAUACAUUAUUAGUUUUAUAAGACAUGGUAUUCUAACACAACAUUUAAUAUCAUAUUUUAAAAAGGUAAAUAUUUUAGUUAAAAUUCUUAUUUUAAAUGUAUAAACUUAUCUUUAUCUAUUAAAUUUUUUAUGUCACUUGAUUUUAUGUUAGUAACAUAAAUGUUUUAUGACAAGUUAUUGAAUCAUUUUUGAGACUAUUAAGUUAACAUUUUAAAUAAAGAUUGCAAUUAUUGUGCUAUUAAAUAUGUCUCACUCUGUAUUGUGGAAAUAUGUUGCACUAGAAAAUCAUAUUUUAUGUAACACUCAAAUACUAGUUUUUAAACACAAUUAAAAAUUAUUUGCCUUC